AUGAGCUCUGGGAGCGAAGAGGAGUCAGAAAGGCUCCCAUCUGAGAGCAGCUCUUACACAGAGAGUUUCCAUUCUCAAUAUAUGAUUUUGAAUACCAUCGGCCAUGGAGGCUACGCCACAGUAAAGUUGGCACUGCACCGCCUCACAGGCACCCCCGUGGCUGUCAAAAUACUUAUCAAGAAGGAACACUGGUGCCAUCCGGUCACAUCUGAGGUAGACAUAAUGAUGAGGAUCCACCACCCAAACAUCAUAUCCCUUUUCCAAGUCAUCGAGACUAAGAAGAAAAUAUACCUCAUCAUGGAGUUGGCCGAGGGGAAACAGCUUUAUCAUCGCAUCCUAGAGGCUGGCCAACUGCAGGAGGAUGAAGCUCGGGGAAUAUUCAGACAAUUAUUAAGUGCUAUGGGAUACUGCCACGCCCGGGGCAUUGUUCACAGGGACCUGAAGCCAGACAAUAUCAUGAUAGACACUAGAGGAAGAAUUAAAAUCAUUGAUUUUGGUCUUGCCACUCACGUGAGGCCGGGGCAGAUGCUGAGAUAUCACUGUGGGACUUAUGCAUUUGCUGCUCCUGAGAUGCUCCUCGGGAAAUUGUAUGAGGGCCCCAAGGUCGAUGUGUGGACCCUAGGGGUUGUUUUAUAUUGUAUGACAGUUGGAAGGCUCCCGUUUGAUGAUUCCAACAUACCUCAUCUCCGAUCACAGGUUUUGUUAGGGAAGUAUGCUGUCCCACCUGGCAUGUCAGAAGAGCUCAAAGACAUGCUUAGUCUUUUGUUGAAAGUGAAUCCCCAGCAUAGGCCCACAAUUCCUGACCUUUUGACUCAUCGCUGGCUUAAGACAGGCUCAGAGGGGUUCCCACAACCUUCUGAGGAACGGAUCCCACUAAGGCCAGACCCGGCAGUUUUACGAGCAAUGGAACAAAUUGGGUUUAAAGCCCAGGAUGUUAAAGAUUCACUCUAUCAGAAUAAAUACAAUCAAAUGGUGGCUUGCUACCACUUAUUGGAAAGGCAGGCUCUUCAGGAGUGUGACAACUUAACCCGACCUCGGCCAAUGAAUCCAUGGAUGGCCCCAUUCCCUUCCCUUGAUAACCCUGCUACUUUUCCACAAGGGCUAAGAAGGAGAGGAAGCGAGCCCAGAUGGCUCGGGUCAUCCUCUAAUAGUCAAGGGUCUACCUACGACCAGAAACCUAGUUACGGAUUAGUCAAGAGAGCCAGUUGGCCUGGUGUUCGUCUCUGCAGGCCACUCCUGACAACACCCGCAGUGGACCUAACCCACAGAAUUUCUAGAAGUGUCCCCUGCUUUUCUUCAGUGCACAGCAGGGGUGAGAAGAACAUUAAAAGGACAGAAGACAAAUCCAGUGCUUCAGCAGAGGUCAAUCCUGUCCCUAGCAGGGCCUGGUCCAAAAGAUUUAGGGGAUGGGCCAAGAACAUCCGAAACGGCCUGAUGCAGCUGUGUUGCUGCUUUCCCUCCAGAAAAAAACCUCACCUGGGGCACAGCAGAGUUGUUCCCCAGAAAUGAGGCAUAUGGAGGGAAUCCGGAGAUCAAGCAUCCAGCACUGCCCAGAAGAACACUAGAGGAUGCCAGAUGCUACAACUCUGCUAUCACAGUGUUGGAUGCUAUGACUCUGCAGUCGCAGUGUUGGAGAGGAC